UAACAGAAAAAUGAACAAACAUCAACAAAUUAUUGUGAGAUUUUGAGGUUAAAUUAGAAAAAUAUGGGAUUAGUGGCGAGUAACGCCUACUUAGUUGUAUUUACAACGGGCACGUUUGUAGGAGCCUUGUCUGCUUAUUAUUUAACUAAAUUCCGACGAAAACCUACGGAACAUUCUUGGGAAGAAGGUGCCGAAGAAAGAUUUGAGUUUGAAGAUCCCAAAGAUGAGUACCGGUUAAUAAUGGGAGUUCGUAACGAUUUGAAAAUGCAAAAGGGCAAAGUCGCAGCUCAAUGUGGACAUGCAGCUGUUGCAGCAUAUGCCAAAGCUUUAAAACAAAAACCGAAAACGUUAAAAAAUUGGCUUAAAUAUGGUGGUACAAAAAUAGCAGUUCGAUUAGAUUCAGAAGAAGAAAUGAUUGCCAUCGAUAAGAAAGCUAAGGAGUUGGAUGUGUUGUCGAGUAUCAUUAGAGAUGCUGGUCAAACUCAAGUUGCUCCAGGUAGUAGGACCGUAAUUGCAAUUGGACCGGCUCCUAAAAGUGUGUUGGAUCAAAUCACCGGACAUUUAAAACUAUAUUAAUAAGACCAGUGUAAAAUUCCUUAAGCUAAUGUUAUUUAUUAAAUUGUACAUAAUAAUGACAAA